AUGGAGUACAUCAACUAUAUCAAGUCCAAGGCUCGCCUCGCAACAACCUCCAAGUCGGACACUCCUGUUCUAUCUGAGGAAGAUGAAAAAUUCUUGGAUCACAUCAUUUCUCAGGAGAAUCCACCUCCACUUCCUGCCAGGCCAGGCUUGACCAGCGUGGAGAUCAAAGACGCUCAGGUUGCGCUGAUGGAUGGAGCGGACAACAUACCCCUCCCGGAGACUCCAAGUAAUGAGGCCACAAAAGAACUUGUGGCAGAACCAGACUCGGAGACGAGCGCUGCUGAUACUUCUCCAACCAAGGCAAAGACUACCUGGAGUUGGCUCAGACGCGACAGUCGCGAAGUCCAAGUCCAGCAGCGUGAACAGACGGCCUCUGGUUUGGACGCCAUUGCUGCGAACCUCAAAAAAGCCGAGCAAGAGGAUAGCGACGACACCAAGCAGGCCAAACGGGAGGAAGAAGACAUGACAAUUGUUCUCGAGCGACUCAACCUCGCAGCUGUCAAUAACAGGGUGUUUUCAAUCAGUGACGACACCCAGGAGCUGCUCCAAAAGUUCAACCUCGUGUUCAAAGAUCUCAUCAAUGGCGUUCCCACAGCCUACGAUGACCUCGAGUCCUUGUUGAAAAAUGGGGACCGGCAGCUACAGGGAACGUUCAACUCACUUCCAAGCUUUCUCCAGAAGCUGAUCGAGCGACUGCCAGAGACGAUGACCAAGGGUUUCGCCCCAGAGAUGAUGGCAGCUGCCUCUGAGAGAGCCACCAAAAGCGGCAUCAACAUGGAGACUGCAGGAAAAGCGGCGGCAGUGGCAUCUAAGAUGGGGUUCAAAACACCUUCACUAAAAGAACUGGUGGGUAGACCGGCGGCCAUCACUGGUAUGCUGCGGUCGAUCGUGGGCUAUCUCCGAGCACGAUUCCCAGCCUUCAUGGGCAUGAAUGUUUUAUGGUCCCUGGCACUAUUUGUGUUACUUUUCGUGUUCUGGUACUGCUACAAGCGCGGAAAGGAGGUGCGGUUGGAAAAGGAACGUCAGCUAACAGAACAAGAGGUGGAGAAACUGGACGCCGAGUUCAAAUCCAAACAUGCAGGCGAGAUUCCUACGACCACAGCAGAGAAGGGAGCAUCAAUGGAAGACGUGCAGGCAGGAAUUAAGGAGGUUGAAGCAGCAAAAGCCGCUGCCGAAGCUAGAUUGGCGCCAGACAGACCAGUCGACCCAGCGAUCGUGCCUCCAACAUCAAUUCCUGGAGCCCCGAGGUGA